UUUAAUUUAACAGCAAAGAAAAAAAAACGCCGCCGAAAAAGCUUCCCUUUUUCCUGCACUACCCUCUCUCGAUUUCCUUUUCCCGAACCCAAAGGCUUGUAAUUCAAAUUUUGAAGUGAAUGUUCUUCAGUUUUGCUACUUUUACGGGAAGAGCAAGAGUAGAGGAACAUCAGAGGAGGAGUUCAAACAGGACUGUGGUUUUUCAUUAAGUCAUGGGGGAAUCAGCUUGUCUCAUGCAAUCUUUCUCUCAUGCUUCUGACACCACCAAUGAAGCCAAAGAGGGGAACCCCGUACAUUCUCUUGGAGAAUCAAUCUCUUUUGGAAGGUUCAUGUCAGAGUCCUUAGACUGGGAGAAAUGGUCAUCGUUCUCUCACAACAGGUACUUAGAAGAGUCUGAGAAAUACACGAGACCUGGUUCAGUGGCUCAGAUGAAAGCAUAUUUUGAAGCCUAUUACAAGAGAACUGCUACAAAGAAGGCAGUCCCCUUGCUUGACCAAACAAAUGUUGCAGCUAAUAAUGCUCCCCAACCAAAAAUUGAGGAUGGAGCUCAACAAAGUGUUUCCCUGGAUGUCAAGUUGGAAGGGUCUAACAGCCAUGUCAGAAUUGAUGAGACACAAGUAGCUGAGGCCCAAAAAGGUGAGGCAAGUUCCACCUUGGAUCUGAAUGGAUAUAACCGUAUUGUUGAAAAAGAUGAACUGGAAGCUGCUAAGGUAGAAAUUGCAGAUAAGGUGAUAGAAGACCAGGUUGUUGAGGAGAAUCACAUGCUUCUUACUUCACCAAACCAGCUUGGAGAUGCUGGCAAGCUGAAUGAAGUUGCUAAGAUGGAGCCUUCUGGAAGCAUCCAAAUGGAGAAAUCACCUGUAAAGGAGAUUAUUUCUGCUAAUCAGGAGACUUUGCCUUCAGCAACCAAGACAAAAUCUAGUUUUUCUUCCUCAAAACCAUCACUUUACAGUAGAGCAUCUAAGGCUCCAUCUUCCCCUGUAAAAUUCACAACCCCGGUGCAUACAAGAAAAGAAAAUAGUGCCACUCCAAAAAACAAGAAGUCUGCAAGAGACUUGACGGAUAAGAAGCGAUCAACUCCAAAAUCACUUUGUAUGUCAAUCAAUUUCACUCUAUCUUGUGCUUGUGGAACUAACAAAUCCUCUCCAGUUUGCCAAGGGAUAGGGGAUUCAAGACUGACGGGAAAUUCAUCUAAAACAGCUAAAUACCAGUCAACUGUUUGUACUUCAGAUAGGGCAUCUACAAAGGGGUCACCACAAAUUCCUUCACUAACCCCUCAAUUGGAAAAUAAAAGGAUUAGACUGACACUUGAUCAUGGUGUAUCUGGAAGCAGAAAAGCUAAUUCUCUUACACAGUCCCUUUCUGUAGAUUGCUCCAGGAUCAGAACACGAUCCCCAACUGUAUUUUCUCCUUUUAGUCUCAGGAGUGAUGAAAGAUCCACAAAAAGAAAGGAGAAGUUGGAGAAGAAACUCAAUACCAAUGAGGGGCAAAAGAUGCAGCAAUCCAAGGAAAAGGCCAAAACUGAACUCAAAAGAUUACAUCAGAGCCUCAGCUUCAAAGCCAAACCAAUGCCAGAUUUUCGUGAGACAGAACUACCAAAGAAUCAGAUUAAGAAGAUUCCACUAACACAUCCUCGAUCACCCAAACUUGGAAGGAAGCCAAGCUAUGAUACGGUCCAGGAUGCAAGCUCUCUGCUUCUUCCAAGGCCUCCUGUCAAGAACAAUAACUGCAAGCAUGUUAUGGUAAAGAACAUCAGAGGCCAAGUUUGUUCUGUAACUUUGUUACAUGACAAGAAUGCCCAGGAGAAUUCUUCUCCAAAUAUCCAGCAUUGAACAAUAGGAGAGCUUCAUGCAUUGAAUAUUUUUUACCUGAACAGUGCUAUUGAAGAGCUGAUAGUGAGGAUUCUCAUGUGAGGUUAUCAAUGGGAAAUUUGCAAUCUAUGUUGGAGGUUGCUUUCUCCAUUGAACAGAAGUGAAGUUUUGCAUCAGAUCCUUCUUUCCUUCAUUUCCUAAUGGAAUGUAUUAUAUUUAGGCAAUCAUAGAACAGAUGUACAAAAUAGCUACAUGGUUUCCAAGAUAAUGAAUAUCAUCGUGUAUUUGGGUUAAUGCCUA